AUGGCCGACCACUGCAUGGUUAUCCCCGGUGAAUGGACCUCCGCUGGUGAGCUCUGGGAGUUUGUAAUCGACAAGAAGAAGAUGUCCAGGAUCGUGCCCAUUCACCCUGGAGUAUCGUUGUCUGAGCUUCGAGAUAAUGUCGCCAAGGAGUUCUACACGUUCACCGUCCCAGCUCCGCCGUCUACUCUGAGUUAUUGGCCUCCUAACAGUAAGGAGCUUGCGACAGGGCUCACCACUCCACCGAUUAUCAUGACCAACGACGGGGCCAUAUCAUAUUUUCUCCACCACCUAGCUAUAAACCCAACCAUGAACUUGUUUGUCACUUUUGAUGCAAAAGGUGAGCAACCGCAACAAAGUCAAGUUGCUGAAAAUCCUCACCCUUUAGUAACACCCAACAAACCCAUAAAGCCAAACUUCAACCCUUUUCGCCCUCUUUCAUCCACCUCCUCCAAAAUCCCCAGCUUUUCUCUUUUUGAUGAAGACGAACUCCUUGAAGAAACCCCCCUCCACCCAACUAACGAAAACAUUCCCCCCUAUUCUGAUGGUACAUCUCCACCCCCAGGUCCCUCUAAAAGAAUCCGUGUCUCAAUCCAAGACGAAACACUUUCAUGCGGAGAUGAAAUGCUAGAACAAAUGUUCAAUGAGGACCCCGACAACAUCCCCGAAGAUUGGCAACUAGACGACGAAGACGAUACCGAGCCUGAUACUUCAGACCCUCUCCAGACAGUCCCGCUUAGUGGUUUUGACCAUGACUUUUGGGAACCUUUGAUAGGGGAAAACCUGGGUGGUUCCGAUGCAGCUGAGGUCAUGGCAGGGUUACAUGUUCCAAAAACCGCCCCUGAAACCUAUCAAUCAACUACCGGCAGCGUAUUUGACCAUACCGUCCGUUUAUCCGGCGAAGAUGAUACAGAUUGGAAGAGAGACCUUGAUUUUCUAGGUGUACACCAGAAGGAGCGCCCGCCUGGACAAUCUAACCCGACGUACACGCGUGCGCAAAAAGAUCAACCCCACACUCCUUACCCCCGUGGACAUUCCGAUACUCCGUACACGCGUACGCCAACUGGCACUCCGCACACGCCUCAUGUGGGUGUACAUCCUAGAACACCGUACACGCAAACAAGGAGAGGUGAAACGUCUCCGCGUACACCACAACCAGAACACGCUCACCCGCACCCGCCCAUCCCUCAGACCCCACCCCACCGGGAGACUAGGCCGCUAUCUGAGAUUAGUGAUGAGGAAUUUGAUAUCCCCCCUCUCUAUGACGACGUUUCUUACGAGGCUGAUGAUGUACCGGAUCUUAACCUAGACGAGAACGAUACAGAGCCCACCGUGGGAAAGCUAUACGCCACCAAGCAAGACUGUCAAAUUUCCUUAGCUAUCUAUGCUAUCAAGAAGCGCUUUCACUUUAGGCAAACCCGGACCACAAGGAACUCAUUUGUGCUCAGUUGCCACGACACCCACUGUGAUUGGCGCAUAUAUGCCAAAGAACUCACUACAUGUGGUUAUUACACUAUAAAGAAGGCGAAGCUGGAUCAUACAUGCCCUUUGGACCUGCGCGAUCAAUACAAGACGAAGGCCACCUCUAAAGUCAUUGCUCAUGUCUAUCGUUCCCGUUACGGUGAACCAAAUGACGGCCCAAAAGCUGCUCAGCUACAACAACUGGUGCUGGAGGACUUGCGUGUCUCUGCCUCGUACAUGAAAUGUCACCGUGCGAAAGAAAAAGCUGUCGACAUCACUGUUGGUAAUGCAGAGGACUCCUAUCUUAACCUUGCUGCAUACUUUGAAAGGUUGAAACAGACCAACCCCGGGACCAUCACAGCCAUUGAAACUGAACUUGACGAUUUUGGUGAUUCCCGUUUCCUCUACGCAUUCCUCUCCUUUGGCGCUUCAAUACAGGGUUUCCGUAAGAUUCGCCCCGUUCUCAUAAUUGAUGGCACACAUCUCUCUGGAAAAUACAAAGGCGUACUACUAACAGCUUCCGGUCAAGAUGCCAACUUCCAAGGUUUCCCACUAGCAUUCGCUGUUGUUGAUGGAGAGAACGACGGGGCUUGGCUCUGGUUUCUGACUAAGGUUGAAAGGAUAAUUGCUGACUCACCUGCUCUUACCAUCAUCUCAGAUCGCCACAUCUCACUCCUUAAAGCAAAGGCAAUUGUUUUCCCACAUGCGCAUCACGGUGCCUGCAUCGUCCACAUCAUGAGGAACGUUGUCGCCCGUUACAAGAGCAAGGGACUUGCCAAACUUGUUUGUGCUGCUGCAUUCUCAUUCAAACGCAAAGACUUUAACGACAACUUUGGAAAAAUUCGCCAAUCAAAUCCAGCUUGCGCCAAAUACCUCGAAGACAUCGGCACCGCUAAGUGGUCGAGGACUUACUUCCUCGGAAACAGAUACAAUCUUCUAACCAGCAACGUCGCCGAGCAACUUAACAACGCGCUGAAGAAAUCCAGACCCUCCCCAGUUGUUGAGUUAUUCAUGUUCAUCCAGCGGAUGUUGACACGUUGGUUUUCUGCUAGGAGAACCAAGUCUUCAAAGCACAGGGGCGCUGUCACCCCAGAAGUCGCUGCUGUUAUUGACACACACAUUAGGUUAACACAAGGUAGUAAAAUCUCAAACAUCACAGAUUGGAGCUACCAAGUUAAGGGUGUUUUUGGCCAUUCUUACACGGUGGCUCUAGACACCAAAGUCUGCUCUUGCCAAGUUUUCCAGAAACUCAAAAUACCUUGCGGACAUGCAUUGCUUGUUGCUGACUCAGUCGGUCUCCCCCAUGUCCAACUCGUCGGAGAUUGCUACAGAACCCAUACAUGGAAAGACACUUACGCUGGUGUCAUCUACCCGGAGGCCCCUUUUGGAGAGAUCCCUAUCCCUCCUGCUAUUGCUUCUCUCAAUCUACAGCCUCCUAAUACCCGCCGUCCUUCAGGCCGUCCGAGGGACGGACGCAUCCCCUCUACUGGUGAAUUCCAGGUUCCCAAAAAAACAAAACUUAACAAAUGCGGCCGCUGCGGUGUGACGGGGCACAACCGGGUUAGAUGCAAACUGCCCAUCUAAUCUCUGGUGAAUCCUAUAUCCACAGACUUGAUCUUUUGGAUAGCGCCUUCACCAUGCCAAGCGCUUUUUCCCCUGUUAUUGGGUUGUAUUUUUGGAUAUUGCUUUUCGGAUUGCUUGACUUGCUUUUGUUGAAGACGCUUCACUGCUUCACUUAUGUUAUUUGCAAUCAACACUUUUAAAUUCUCUUAGCAAACAUGUCUUCAUAAGGUUGAUGCCCCCAACUGCAUGUACUAAAAUCAUGUACAUCAUCUGUUACACACUACGUUUCGUACACUGACCACUUCUGCAAAAUCAUGUAUAUCCUCCGCUCACCAACAAAUCUCCCAAACUCGUACAUUCAACCCCAUCUGAAUCUCCCAAACUCGUACAUACUACCACAUCUUCAUGUACUAUGAAGCUCUUCCUCCACCUUUUCGUUGUCAUACCAAAGUUUGCACCUAUAUACAACCUACAUACGAGCACACUCGUUUGUACACUCGUAAAUACCACUCGUCCAUUUAUCAACCACUACACAUGUACACAUUAGGUCCUCUUGAUGUGGCCUAGCACCUGUCCACGUUUUUUCACAACACGCACACGAUAACUCCCACACAUCGGUUGACCCGUUUUGUGCACAGCUACAUUAUUGGUCGUACUGCCUACGUAUGUACACCGUAGUCACGAUGCAUAUGUACACGGUGUUCCGCUUAUCUCCGGGUUCCUACGUCUACGGUUUGUACAUAUGCAUCGGGAUUAUCGUGUACAUAUGCAUCGUCCCUACCGUGUACAUACGUUGGCAGUACGACCUGUAAUGUAGCUUUGCUCGUGUACAUAUGCAUCGUGAAAUUUCAUGGACAUAUGCUUUGGUCAUGUACAUAUGCAUCGUGAUAACCGUGUUUGUACACGGAAGCCACCACGACAGAAAACGGUAGAUGUCGUCGUGUACAUAUGCAUCGAGACAACCGUGUACAUACGCAACGUGACUACCGUGUACAUACGUAGUAUGGAUCCAUCGUGAUAUUUCAUGUAGAUUUGCUUUGGUCGUGUACAUAUCCAUCGUGAUAACCGUGUGUGUACACCGUAGCUUGCAUCGAGACAACCGUGUACAUACGCAACAUGACUAUCGUGUACAUACGUAGUAUGGAUACAUCGUGACUAACGUGUCCAUAUAGAUCGUAUCCACCGUGUACAUACGAAGGCAGUACGAUAGUCAUGCAUACCUUGUACAUACGUAGCUAAUCGUAAAUAUAUCAAAGCUUCUUAAUUCACGUUAGCGUACACCAAAGUGAUGUAUCUUCCAACGCAUAGUGCGAACAAUUUUAUACAUCAUGUUCAAAAACGUUUAUGGCACACCACUACUUAACAAACAGAGAUGUUGUUUGCAUCACUUCAUUCCACAAAUAUCUUCAUUCUCACCCACAUCACGAACAAAACUUAAAACAACACUAACCAAAAAACAUGCCUCCAUACGACUUAGUUUACGUCAAUAUCCGUUUCAUUCCAACACAUAAUACAAAGCAAGCAAACGUUUAACUGACACAAUAGAUCCACACGCCUAAACAGUUACAAUCCAACAAAAAAAGGUUGUUCGAGAUACACCCACUAACGCAAAUACAAGGGUACAACCACCCCUCUGUAGAUAUCCAUGGCAUAAUGCUUCCGGAAUAUGUCCACAAGAUCAUCUGUCAGCCCCGCCAUCGUUGGUUGGGGGUCACCAGUUGCAUGCAUCUCCAAGAACUUAACAGCCACAGGACCACAAUCACCGCUGCGCCUGUUUUCAUACAAACUAGUAACCCGUUCAACUCGGAACGGUACCUGCGCACGCUCCCCCACGACUUCAGGAGGACACACCUUCUUAGCUACGUAAGGUAACAUUGUCGACACAGGCUCCAACAACUCCUCUACCUGCUCCAUCGUCUUUCCUUGCGGAUAAGGAUCAAACACAUAUAUUGUCCAUUCAGUUAGACUGAUACACAGUCCCACCCAGUGAGUGCCUUCCCAAAUCAUUGGCGUGUACAGCCGGUCAACUUCCAUACCCCAUCUUUGCCUAGGCCUCGUCAGGUAAUUAGUGAUUUUUGCAUCCCCUGCUACUCCAGUUUUACGCCUAGCCGCCUUAAACGACCUACCCUUCCCUUGCAUGUGAGCAGUGAACCAUGGUGCAAGGAACAUACCCCCUUCCAAGUGUACACCAAGCCCAUAACGCCUCUCGCUGUAUUGCAUCAACACUUCCAUAUGCUGUUCAACAAAAGUAAACACUAGCAACUUCAGGAUCAAAAACAAAACUACCAAUUCCAUAGACUGAGUACUUAGCGGCAUUAAACACAAAGUCUAACGUAAACAGUCCACGGAUAUACCGUGCUAUUAACCCAAACGCCCGGUGUAGCUAGUUGAAGGAAAAACUCAUUGUCAAGAUCACGCCCCCCAGCAUCCACAUGCAUACUGCGCAACAAAAUAAUAAUUAACACAGUAAUGUACAUAACAGUCCAGCAACUUGACAAAUAUCGUACGCUUUCGGAUUGGCCUGCAAAACUCUCUCAAAAAAGGGAUAAUCUACGUCUUCGUUCAACGGGACCAUCUCCUGCAAAGCAAGAGGAGAUUUGGCCAAAAGCAAGGCAGCAAGUUCUUCCUCGUCCGCCACUGGUACAUGCUUAGGAGCCACUUCUGUUGGUGAAUCACUCAGAACAACAGUCCCGCUUCCUUCUUUAACCUCAGCGGCGUCCUCAUCUGUCAGAUCGUCACCUGAACCAAUCUCAUCAUCUCUAACCUGCAAAGAAUACAACUACGGAAUCAGGUUGAGUUAGGAGUCACCAGAACAAGGUAAAACAUUACCACUACAUUCGCCUUGCCGGCGCUUUUGGGCACGACUGCCUGUUCCUGAUCAGAUUUCUUGUCCCCGUCUAUCUCAUCCUUCAAGGCCUUUGUGUACAGUUGCUUGUUAUUGUACACCUACGGAAUCAGGUUGAGUUUGCAGGGAACAGAAGAACGAGUAACAUUACCACUAUAUUCGCCUCGCCUGUGCUAUUGGGCACGACUUCCUGUUCCUGAUCAGAAUUCUUGUCCACGUCUAUCUCAUCCUGCAAGGCCGUGUGUACAGUUAUUUGUUAUUGUACACGUAAGACUAAAUGUUCGUGGUUCCAAAAACUGUAUCCUCGUACAUCUCCAAAAAAAUUCACACAUAAUAAAAAAAAAUUAUUUUUGUACCACAAUAGGCGGGGCAGCAGAUCCACCCACGGGCUUUCCAGUAAGGCCGGCUGCGGGAAUACUAGCUACCUGUACAAACGUCCACAAAAUAAACUUUGUGGACACCACAUGUGUACACAGAAUGGCUUUGUACCACAAAUGUUAACUCACCAUGAUGACGGGCGCGGGGACUGGAAACUCCGCCACCACUUUAUCCACCACCAUAGGUUUCUCCACCUGCAGGUGACAGUGCAAAACCAACUGUGAACACUUGGUUCCUAAGCUUAGAAAAAUCUAAAACGAGAGAAAAAUUUACCUUGUCUUUAUUUUCACCGCUCACCACCAUGAACUCUUCUACCAAACCAGAACGCUUAGCACUGUCUUCACAGCUUACCCCAGCCUGUGUUGGUGCUACGCUUAGAUCUGACAUCCCCACCAUUGGUGGGCCAGGGAUUGAUUCCAGCAAAAUCACUCCACCCUGCCCCUGCAGGUUAUCACACGGCGGGGUAAACACUACUAAGAAGGCAGUGAUUAUGUAUACUCAGAGCUUGAAAUGUACUACCUUUGCUUCGACAAGUUCAGAUAACACCCCAGCUUUCCGCAUCACAGCGCCAACCAGAUCAUCCAAACACCCCUGCUCCUGUAAAUGGUUCUCAAAAAAUGUAAACCUCAAACAGAGAACAUCCCAACAACCUGCACAAUUAAAAGUACUUACCACUUGGCUUAUUCCGUCUGUUGUCACUUCUACGGGGGCGUUCUCAGCAUGUUCCGCCUGUAAAAAGCUACCCUUUAAUUUGUAUAAACAAGCGACUGUGAAGAAAAAACCAACAUUAGCAGGGGAUGCAAAAAAUACCUCCGCGACCCCCCUCUGCUCGUCGGGCCCCGGGAAGCCAUCUAGAUUCCCACCUUCCGGAAAGUCUAAUUCCCCACAAACGUCAGCAUUAUGCUCUGGAGCUAGACUGGUUGUCGUAUCAGGAUCUUUAUCAACAGCUUGCCUUUUAGCAUCAGCACCCCUAACCUUUAUGGCACUUCGCCGAUAUUUCUUCUGAAUAGUAGCCUUCAGCCUCUGUUUCAGAAUCUUGAUAGUCCUACCCUGUUUCUCGCACACACUCUUAAGCUUCUCUACCUCCACAAAACACUCGUUCACCCGCCCCUCCAAUGCAGCAAACUUCUCGGUGUCUACACUAUUAGACCCGCCCCUCCUAAAAAACCCACUGAUCCUACGUUGUUUACGGAUAGGCUCCUGCUGAGCUGCCACGUUUCUCUUCCUCUUCGGGGAUUUUGGUUUCUCCUCGUAAACAAACAAGGGGUCGAGGGCAUCACCACCUAACCAGUUUUCCUUCUCAAAGAUAUGACCGUCCUUCAACAACUGCACCAUGUAAUCCACCUUCUUGUCGUAAGUCUCGUCAUCCCAUAAUCCCCACCUAUCGUCAUGAUCCCCGCUAAUCUCCAUCAUUGGCUCUACUAUCAACUGCAAUCAAAUACGUUCACCAGUUAGCUUUUACACAUGUACACUAUAAACCCCAAAUGUGAAUAGUCGUUACGUGUGUUUGCAUGUACAUAAAUAAAAUAAUCAGUACAAUAGUCAUUUCUGGUACACAAACAACAAAACUCGUACACGCCUAUCAAGUUUAUGUCCACAUAAUAUACUAGCCAUUUUUGUAUACAUAUGGACAUACGCCCACAUUCAGCCACGUACACAAACAAAUAGAUGUACACUCAGUAAACAUAUAAAACGCACAGUAUCCUACUUACAGAUUAUGCUUACCAAAGGGUCGUGCUCGGCUUUCCUAAUAUGCACCACACUAAGACCAGCAUGUUGCGGCAUUGCUGGCUCUGGGUACUGCAUAAUAGUUACGGCAUCGUCGCCUCCGACAAAUGCCGCCAAACUAGGAACGCAACGGAAUGCUACCAAUUGCAAUGCCAAAGGGAAGCCUACAGUUUUCACUGUCUGCUGCCUUAGUUUUUGGCAAAAAACACCCAGGGGAUCCUCGAGCUUACCAAACACCUUAGGGGGCGGCUUAAGAGUACUAAGCGUCCACAUAAAUGACUCCCUCCCCCAUGGAAAGUCAAAAAACUCAUCAAGGUUUUCCAGCAACUUGACAUAUUUCAGAGUUGGCUUUGGUUUCUGCAAAGUCGCCACCAACACACCAUCAACAAUAACUAUCAAACAGAGCUUCAGUUUCUUCUCCCCAGACAUCUGCGGGUCGCUUUCCACCAUCGCCAUGAGAUCCUCCACAGUGGCGUUGCGGUUUCUUCCAAUUAACCUUCCCCAAAACUCAUAAUUUUCGUCCGUCGCCUGGAGUUGGUAAUCAAACCUGUAGCCAUCUUCGAACUCGCCACAGGGCAACCCCGUAACCUCACCGAACUCCACAAGAGAGAAAUGCAAAGGUUUCCCACCAAAAACGGGCCACAUCUCGUACUUUUUCUUCGUAACAACUUGUCUCGUCAUCAGACUGUGCACAACUUUUCCGGCGAAAAGCCUACGGGCGGGAAUCCGAAAUAGGCCUCCAAAACAAGAGCCCAACAACAAUUCCAUCUCCGGAGUUCCCCUCAGAACGUCGCGAAUCCACAACAGAAAAUCAACCGUAGAGUACAUAUUUACCCUCUCGCUCGGAAACCGAUCGGUCGCGAAAAGCCUCUCCGGCAAACGCUUUGCAAUUUCAUCGCACCCGUCUUUCUCUAAAAAAAAACAAAAACACGAGGUUAGUACUUGAGUAGACAAAAACGCAACAUAAAACUCUCACGAACUUACCAUUCGCGGGUUGUUUAGACAAACGCUUGGCCCUCCCUGUCGCUUCCUCCUCCGGCGACGUCGUUCUAUUCCGGGAACUCCUGCGGGGGGAUAUGCUUCCCCCUACAUCGACGCCGACAUUUUUGUUGUGUCGUAAGCUUUUGCGGCGGUUACCGCGUUGGCCUCCGUCAUCGUUCUCCAUCUCCUACGGCGGUUCUUGGGUUUCACCUUUCCUCCCUCUCUCUGUAAAAGGUAACUCCCGUCGUAUUUCUUUAAUUAAAUGAAUCCACCCACUAAAGCCAGGGUUAAAAGGUGGUGGGGUCCUCCAUCAGAUUUCGAAUUUCAAAAUGUCAAACGAAAUAAGAAACCUAACCGGCGCCAAAAUUUUCAGUUAGGAGAGAGUUACAACUUCAGGGGUAAAUUAAGACAUUUCACCUAGAAAACUACCCUUGUAGCAUUAACUGCCUUUCUGUGUAAAAAAAAACAUAAAACUGUCUUGCAGUGUUAAUAACUCUUAAAUAUGGUUAGAAAACAAUGAAAAGGCAAUAAAGAUAUGCACAAAAGUAUCAUUCCACUUAAGUUCUAACGCUUUCAAAUAUAAGAUAUAUGACAUCUUAUAGAAUAUGAAUUGAGUUUCUAUUCAUUUUUUUAUAAAAGUUAAUAAUAUGGUUUUUAUAUAUGUGAAACUGUCUUUUUCAUGCUUUAAGUAAUGGACCAACUUUGCAACUCACUUAUAUAUGUUUGAAUGUCUCAAAUACAACAAGAACAAUAAUGUAGAUUUUUUUAUUAAUAUUAAAUUUAGAUCAGAUGAUAUUUAAUAUAGCCUUAACCUUUUAAUGAAUUGCCCCCUUAUGAAAUAAAACUUUCAAUUUUAGCCAGACACUAAAAGCUGGUCUUUUCAAUAGUUACAAACGCCAAUUUGUGAUAUUGACAUGUGAAUAUCAGCUCAUUUAGCUUCACACGUUUUAUAACAUUGUUACUCUCUUGAUUAUUUUAUUCUUGCAAUAGCAUCAGAUUUUCUUUUGAAUUUUAUUAUUAUCAAAAAUAAGAAAUUGACUAAAAACACAAAGCGACAGAUAAUCAGAUAUCAAUCCAACCAUUAGAUUAUGUAUGGAAAGUCGUUUUCUUGAUAUUGGUUUGAAUUAUACAUGGAAUGUUUGUUGGUAUCUUUAUCCCAAUAUAUUCAAGUUGUGUAUAUCCUCCUCUUUGAAGUAGUAAAAUCUCUAAAACGAGUUAAUAAUUAAUUCCAAAUCUGAAACCAAUAUCUUAAAAUCAAAUAUUUGUUUACAUAUAAAAAUGUCAAAUGGAUAAUUGUUUCCUCAAAAGGAAGGAGGAAUUAAUUGUUUUAUAAUCUACCAAAAUAAAAUAUUUGUAUUAUUAUCAUAAGAAAAUCUAGUAGAUAAAUUUAUUUUCCAACCAAAUUGGUUUGACAAAAAAAAAAACCAAAUUGGUACAAGAGACAUCACGUGGAGGUUAAAUCAACCACUUAGCAAAAAAGAACGGAUACAAUUUAAACUAAAAUAUCGGAUAGGGGUCAAAAAUCUAAGAAAGAGAAUUAAUAAACGGUCCAAAUCCAGCAAACAGUUGGCUUUAUUAACCAAUGAAGUCGUAUUUCAAAAAAGGUCGCCGAAACAAAAAAACAAUUUAAAAUUUCACCCUCAGAGUUCCUAAUAAUAACGAAACUACCACUCAUUUUUAAAUUUCAUUAUAAAUCCCUCUCUCUCUUUCUCUCUCUCUCUCUCUCUCUCUCUCUCUCUCUCUCUCGCAUCGUCUUCUCCGAUCUCUGGAUCUAGGGUUUUUGUUUCUUCUCUCUCCUCUCUCUAUCCUCUUCUUCACUUUCACGGCUUAGCAGAACUCCUCAGGUUCCGAGAGUUAUAGGGUUUCUGAAAAUUCUCUCUCUCUAGAGAUUCAAAGAUCUUAACUUUCUUCGAUCACUCCACUCUGAGAUCACUUUCUGAGAUUUUGAGUUUCUGGGUUUGUUCGUAUCGGUCAGAACCAAUCAGGGCGAGAUUAAAGUCGAUAACUUUGAAGAAGAUGCAACAAAACCAAGUGAAGAAGG